AUGGCUGUUCAACUGAUAUCGAGUGCCCUGAUCUUACUCGUUUCAGCUGAAGAUGAGCAUGAAUACCGUCUCGAUAGAUUUCGUCCUUAUCCUCGUCGAGAAGCUUUUCGUGGUCGACGUCUUCGCGAUACAUACCGACCAAGCAAGCAGCAUAGCGAUGAUGAACGUCGGAAAAGUUCUAGGAGUCGCUCGUCUCGUGAGAGAUCGCCACGCAGACAUACGCGAAAUUCGUCCCACGAACGAACUCACCAAAAUAAAGCCGAUAUCGAUGACAAGGACAUUCCAUUUGAAGAAUUGGAGGAGGUGGACUGUUAUGAUGAAGUAGGCGAUGGUGACUCUGAGUUCACGGAUGGUGCCUCCGGUACAGGCGAAUCUAACUCUGGAGAGGACGAUGAUCUGGACGAUGUCAGCAUGCUGCCAAGUGCUCACGGCGCAUCUAAUGGCGACGAUGAUUUUCCCGAUCUCUGCGAAGAGAUAGAUGUCGAUGCCAUGAGGCGAGCUGCUGCUGCCGCUACCAAUGCCGUCCUCUUCGAUGAAAAUCCACACGAAUCGCCUGUAAUUAUCAGUUCACCUCCAAAGCCUGGAACUACAAAAAGCGUUGACGUUUCGAAUCGAGCAGCUGUAGAAAAGAAUGGCAAAUCGUCUGGAAGUUGUCGUACUACCGUCAAUGGUGAUCGACGAGAUGGUAGAUUUAAGUGCUCAUCCAACAGCUACAGAGGAAUUAUGAAGCACGACGUCAUCAUCGCUACGCGGACCGACAUGAACGUAGAUCGACACGACAUUCGCGAAUACAUCGGAGUGGAUCCAGAAAUAGAGACGAUCGGCAUCGUCAGCAACGUGCUUCCUCGAGAGAAGCUCGAUCGUCUGCGUCGGGACACUCGUACCACCACGAGAAACGCGCUUCAUCAAGAGAAGCUCGGCCGUCCACGUCGGGACACCCGGGUCCACCAUGAGAAACGUGCUUCAUCGAGAGAAGCUCGACCGUCUGCGUCGGGACACUCGGGCCACCACGAGAAACGUGCUUCAUCGAGAGAAGCUCGACCGUCCACAUCGGGACACUCAGGGUCACCAUGA